AUGAAGCUCUUAGGAAAUAGUAAAUAUAUUUUUGUUGUGCUUUUAUUAUGCAUAAGCGUGUUCCUUAAUGGUCAGGAAACUCUUGACGAAAUAAAGUAUAGUGAAGAAGUAUGUACCGAACAAAUCGACAUUCAUAUAUUACUAGAUGGUUCAGGAAGUAUUGGUUAUAGCAAUUGGAAGGCUCAUGUUAUUCCAAUGCUUAAUACUUUGGUUGAUAACUUAAAUAUUUCAAAUGAUGAAAUUAAUGUAUCUUUGACACUUUUUUCAACAAAUUCACGUGAAUUAAUUAAACUUAAAGGAUAUGGAUCGACUAGUAAAGACUCGCUACGUUUUAUACUUGCACAUCUCCAAAAUAAUUAUUCACCAAAUGGUAAUACAAAUUUAACGAGUGCAUUAUUGGUUGUUGAUACUUUAAUUAAUGAAAGAAUGUAUCGACCCGAUGCAAUACAAUUAGCUAUUAUAUUAACAGAUGGUAUCCCAAAUGAUUUACCUAGAUCUACUGCGGUUGUGCAUCAAUUAAAAAGAAAACAUGUAAAUGUAGCAAUUAUAGGUGUUGGUGCAGGUGUUAAUAACGAAUAUAAUAGAAUUUUAGUUGGAUGUGAUAGAUACGCACCAUGCCCAUACUACUCUUCUGGUAGUUGGAAUGAAGCCCAAAAUAUGAUAAAACCUUUUCUUACUAAAGUUUGUCAGGAAGUAGAAAGAAUUGCUCAUUGUGGAAAAUGGGAAGAAUGGAGUGAAUGUUCUACUACUUGUGAUGAAGGAAGAAAAAUUAGAAGAAGACAAAUAUUACAUCCUGGAUGUGUUAGUGAGAUGACUACUCCAUGUAAGGUUCGUGAUUGCCCACAAAUACCAAUACCUCCUGUCAUCCCUAAUAAAAUUCCAGAAAAGCCAUCAAACCCAGAAGAACCAGUAAAUCCAAACGAUCCAAACGAUCCAAACAACCCAAACAACCCAAAUAACCCAAACAACCCAAACAACCCAAAUAACCCAAACAACCCAAACAACCCAAACAACCCAAACAACCCAAACAAUCCAAAUAACCCAAAUAACCCAAACAACCCAAAUAACCCAAAUAACCCAAACAACCCAAAUAACCCAAACAACCCAAAUAACCCAAAUAACCCAAAUAACCCAAAUAACCCAAACGAUCCAUCAAACCCAAACAACCCAAACCCAAAAAAGCGAAACCCAAAAAGGCGAAACCCAAACAAGCCAAAACCAAACAAGCCAAACCCAAACAAGCCAAACCCAAACGAACCAUCAAACCCAAACAAGCCAAACCCAAACGAACCAUCAAACCCAAACAAGCCAAACCCAAAUGAGCCAUCAAACCCAAACAAGCCAAACCCAAAUGAGCCAUUAAACCCAAACGAGCCAUCAAAUCCAAACGAGCCAUCAAACCCAAAUGCGCCAUCAAACCCAAACGAACCAUCAAACCCAAAUGAACCAUCAAACCCAAAUGAGCCAUCAAACCCAAACGAACCAUCAAACCCAAAUGAACCAUCAAACCCAAAAAAGCCAUCAAACCCAAAUGAGCCAUCAAACCCAAAUGAGCCAUUAAACCCAAAUGAGCCAUCAAACCCAAACGAACCAUCAAACCCAAACGAACCAUCAAACCCAGAAGAACCAUCAAACCCUAAAGAGCCAUCAAACCCAAACGAACCAUCAAACCCAGAAGAGCCAAACCCAGAAGAACCAUCAAACCCUAAAGAGCCAUCAAACCCAGAAGAGCCAAUAAACCCAGAAGAACUAAACCCAAAAGAGCCAUCAAACCCAGAAGAAUCGAACCCCAAAGAGCCAAUAAACCCAGAAGAAUCGAACCCCAAAGAGCCAAUAAACCCAGAAGAUAAUGAAAAUCCAUUGAUAAUACAAGAUGAACCUAUAGAACCCAGAAAUGAUUCAAAUGUAAUACCAAUUUUACCUAUCAUCCCACAAAAGGGUAAUAAUAUCCCAAGCAAUCUACCAGAAAAUCCAUCUGACUCAGAAGUAGAAUAUCCAAGACCAAAUGAUAAUGGUGAAAAUUCAAAUAAUACUAUGAAAUCAAAAAAAAAUAUACCCAACGAGCCUAUACCAUCACCAGGUGAUAACCCAUAUAAAGGUCACGAAGAAAGAAUACCAAAACCUCAUCGAUCAAAUGAUGACUAUGUAUAUGAUAAUAAUGUAAAUAAAAAUAAUAAAGAUGAACCAGAAAUUCCAAAUAAUGAGUAUGAAGAGGAUAAAAAUAAAAACCAGUCUAAAUCUAAUAAUGGAUAUAAAAUUGCUGGUGGUAUUAUUGGAGGAUUAGCUAUACUUGGAUGUGCAGGUGUUGGUUAUAAUUUUAUAGCAGGAAGUAGCGCUGCAGGAUUGGCUGGAGCAGAGCCUGCACCUUUUGAAGAUGUAAUUCCAGAUGAUGACAAAGAUAUUGUUGAAAACGAACAGUUUAAAUUACCUGAAGAUAAUGACUGGAACUAA